AUGUCCCACCAAAGUUUCAAAACCAUUCAACGACAAGUCAAUGGUCUGCUUAACCAAAGUAGGUCUGAAACCAAUUGCUUGAAAGCCAUCAAGUUGUGCAGAGGUUUCUUGAAGGAUAAUCCAACAACAUCGUCAACGUUCAAUGAAAAUUCCAUCAACGAAAUCAUCAAAUAUAAGAAACCAGAUCUUGAACAGUUCCUAUUCGAUAAACUUCGACUUCAAUCACAACCGUCGAAUGUAUUGAGAUCUUAUUUGGUUGAGAAUCCAGUGCCGCAGUCAAGAUUUAUUUUUGAUGCUGUGAAAGGAAACACGGAUAUUGAAUUGAAUAAAACUGCAUUAAGACAAUUAUUAUACAAGAAUAAAGAUGUUGAAACUUCAUUGAGUUUAAUCAAAAUGAAUAGAAAUCAUUUUGAAGUUAAAGAAGUCAAAAAUUUACAAAAAUUGGGAUUGAUGUAUGUUGGAGGUGUUUUAUCAUUCAAUGGGCUGCUAGAAUUUGCAAUUGCUGGUCAUGAAGCUAUCCAUUUGUUAUUUGAUAUUUAUCUUUUCAAUAUGUUCUUCCUUACAUUCUUUUUGAAAAAGGGAUAUAGUGACUUGGUCACUUGGAGACCUGGAAUUUCAAUGUUUCAAAAGUAUUUUCAUCAUUACGAUUAUAAGAUGUGUCACAAGUUGGUUUCAAUAUUCGAUGAACUUUAUACAACUAAUGUCUCCAACUAUCAUUUGACAAAUUCAAUCCUUAUUGAACAGUUUCAAAAAGAUAUGGUACUUGACAGGGAACAAAUCGAGAAGCUGAUUAGAGAUGAGUUUAGAGAAAUGGGACUUAUGAUCACAGAAGGUUCAGACGAAGCCAUGUUUAAAGAGUAUUGGUCUACAGGUGGAGAUGGGUUUGAAUGGGUAGAGCCUGAUAGAGAUCCUGUGGAAUUCCUUGAAAUAGCGGCAAAAAAACUCGAGACUGAAGUUUGA